AUGACUGUAAGAUUUUUUACAAUUCAAUUUAAUAAGUUCAGGAUUAAAGUGUUAACAACCACCUUGUUUUCCCAUAUCCUGGAGGAGAACAUACGCUUAAAUUCAUACACAACCUCUAGUAGUAUGAUUACUUUAGAUAAAGCUUCUGAUUUUAACAAUGGAACAGUUAUUUCAGAGUAUAUGACAUCAAAUUCUAUUACAUCAUUGACAAUUGGUGGAACUAUUAAAACAAUACCAUUUACUGGUGGAUAUGAACCUUUUCAGGUUGCUAAAACCAUUACAAUUGAUUCAUCUGUUGUAUCAAUUCAAGAUCAUGCGUUUCAAUUCUCAGUUAACCUUGAAAAAGUUAUACUCAAUGGAGUUAUAAACACAAUACCAAAGUUCGCAUUCUCACAUUGUGAGAAAUUGACUUCAUUCGAUUUCGAUAAGAUUUCUACUAUUGAAUUUGCAGCCUUUGAACAUUGCUAUUCAUUAGUUACUAUUGCAUUAUAA